UCCUCUCCAUUCUUUCAUCAUCAUUAAGCCUCCCAAACAUCACCGCCUCACUGGGUGUUCCCUUUUUUCGACUAUCGUGCCAUUGUCAUCCUCCAAAGCAUGACCACCGUCAUUGUCAUAAGCAGCGCCAUCGUCCUUCUCACGGAGACCGAUGCCACCAAAUCUUGAAGUUGGAAGAGAAAAGUUGGGUUGAGCAAGAUAGAAAGUGAGGCCAUCCGAAUUGUAGCUUUUGUUUAGUGUGUUGAUGGAGAAAGUGAAAUGUGUGUACCAACACAGAUAGUGCCUCAUGCCUAUGACUCAGCCUUUGCCUCUCUUCAAUUUCAAUAUCCAUGGCCUUUAGCCUUUGAAGGGUUUCCAGAAGAUAGAGCUGCAAGUGCUUCUAAGAGCCAUAGCCAAGCAGAGAAAAGAAGAAGGGACAGGAUCAAUGCACAGCUUACAACUCUUAGAAAACUGAUUCCUAAAUCUGAUAAGAUGGACAAGGCUGCAUUACUAGGGAGUGUAGUAGAUCAUGUGAAGGAUCUAAAGCGAAAAGCGAUGGAUGUGAGCAAAAGCAUCACAGUUCCAAGUGAAACUGAUGAAGUAACAAUAAUAGAGUGUGAAACUGAUCAAGAUGAAAGCUAUGCUAAAGUGAAGAUACUGAAGCACAACAUUGUAAUUUCAGUUUGCUGUGAUGAUAGACCAGAACUUUUCAGUGAACUCAUUCAAGUCCUAAAAGGGUUGAGGCUCACAGCAGUAUAUGAAAGAUAA